CAAUAAAAGCGGUUUCGCAAGCAAACACACGCACACACAACAACGUAUUCGCGGCGAAAACCCAUCCUACCAUUUUUAGCUUCUUCAAUUUGCCUGCCACCUCUUCUUCUCUCCUCGCGCAGAGGGGAGAGAAGAAGAAUAACAACAACAACAACAAGAAGAAAAACCCCUGAAAACUCUGUCAAUGGUAAAUUCUCUCUACCGCUAGGGUUUCUAUUCUCUCCAUUGCCACAUUACCUGUCCUCUCGUCAACCUCUUCUUUAUACGCGCAUUGCACCGAGAUCGACAAUCUUAUUAAUGCUGUUGGAGUUCGCUGAUUUGUCUUUGUUUCAGAGGAUUACCUCUUGGGUAACUUUAGUAGAUUUUUUCUUUGUAUAGAUUCAAGUGUACAGAUAAAAGGUAUUUGUUAAUUAAUGGUGUGCUCAGUGGGAAGUGGGAGAAUGGCGGUCAUGGCAAGGCUUCUAGCUGCUGGAAGUUUAUCGCAAACCAUUGGAGAUGAAAUUGGCCAACAGAAAUUAUCUGCUCAAUGCAUUUUCAGAGAAUUACAUGAGGCAGAUGAAGCAAAUUUGCUCAAUGAAGAAGAUAUGCAUGUAUUUGGUUUGAGACCUAUGGCUGAUCCUCUGGACCUGGUAUGUUGCAAUGCUUGCAAGAAACCAGUGAAGACCAGCCAGUAUGCGGCUCAUACAGAACUUUGUAGGUCCUUAAAUUCUGCAGAAGAAACAAUCUUGAAGCGUGAUGGUGGUAGUACAGGGCAUAGGAAACCUCCAAGGAAGGAGAGGAAAAAAUCAUUAACUUCUUAUAUUAAUCAAGCUACACCAGUCACAGAGCAAGAAAGACCUGUAUCUACAAAUGCAGAUGAUGUGGCUGCAUCUGAAUCUCAUUUGAAAGUGCAACCUGGAAAUCUGUCUUGCUUCUCCAUGCAUACAAAGAGAAAUCUCACAUGUGUAGAUGUGGCAUCUAUUAUGGAUGGUAAAGGAGUGAGUCCUGAAAAUACAGAUCACUCGGCCUGUGUAAUGCCACCUCCAACAAAACGUUCUAAACUCAUAUCAAGUCAGCACCUAUCAUUAUCAAAUCAUCCAGAAGCAGUUUCUGGCCUAACAAAAAUUACAAGCUCUCAGGAUACUUUUACCUGUAGGGAUUUUCACUUGCAGUCAACUUCGGGGAGUGACAUGCCAAAUGAUUGUAUUGUCUCUAAGUUCCCUGCGCGAGCUCAUGAGCAUUGCCUGCUUUCAAAAGAUAUUCCAGUUCCCCUUGCUACAAAAAUUUAUUACUCUCAGAGGAAUAAUCGCCUUCGGUUGGCAAUUGCUCAUAUGUACCAUGAAGCAUCAGCUAAGGGACGAUUCAGUAAUGUCAUGAGUCCAGAAGUAUCAGAGGAAACCAUAAUUCAAUUACCGGCUUCAUCUGAUAGAGGUUGUUCACGUAAGCAAGUUGAUGACUUGUACAAGAAGAGGGAAACUUCCAUAUGUAAACCCGAUCAAAUUCUUGCUCAAAGUUCAGAAGUAUGCCUGGAUACAUCCGCUAACUUCUCACAUCAGUUUCCUGUUGAUAACAUUCCAAGGCCUCAGACUGCUCCUAUUGGACUGCUCAGGAACAAAUAUCUUUCACAGCCUUAUUCUUUUGCAGGGAAUUCAGUGCCUGAACUGAAAACAUUCUGUUUGUCUGGGUGCUGACAAAAUGUAAUGUACAGCCCACCAAAGGACAAUCGCUAGGAAACAUGCAACAACCAAGUGGAAGCGUUCCUGUUUUAUAGGAGGCCUCCUAAUGGAUUUUUGGCUAGGCGAAAGUGUAUUUAAUACAGUACAUGAGGUUAGGAUCUAUUUUUGAAACAAAAAGAAAAAGGCAAAUUACCAUAAUUGUUCAUUCUAACCUUCUGUAUCUUGCUCAAAUUAUGACUCUGUUUAUACUUGAAGAAAUUAAAAAAAAAAAAAAAAAAAAAAAAA